AUGAAUUCCAUUCGCCAGGUUCAGGCGCUCAAUAAGCGCGAGCUUGAAAAUGCCAUACCUCCAGAGGCAUCAUGGCACGCGGAUUACCGAGACACAGCUUAUAUCUACAUCGGCGGGCUUCCAUUCGAUCUAUCUGAAGGAGAUGUCGUCGCUAUCUUCUCGCAGUACGGAGAACCAGUACAUAUCAAACUAGCUCGCGACAAGGAAACCGGCAAGAGCAGAGGAUUCGCCUGGCUCAAGUACGAAGACCAGCGCAGCACAGAUCUAGCCGUAGAUAACCUCGGCGGUGCGAGUGUGCUGGGACGCUUGCUUCGUGUUGAUCAUGCCCGUUACAAGCGACGGGACGACGACGAAGAGGAGGAGAACAAUGUCGCUAAGUUGAUGGGAGAUUCAACUGCCACCGAGAAUAAGGGUAGGGAUGAUGACCGCAGCCGGAGGAGGAUCACCGAGAAAGAAGAAAGACGACCAGUCUUGAAGGAAGAGAAGGAGCUAGACGAGUUGAUCCGAAACCAUGAUGAGGAAGAUCCGAUGAAGGAGUUCCUUAUUGAGGAGAAGAAAGAAGAGAUUGCGCGCGCAAUCGAGGCAUGGAACAGCAGCCAAAAGUCUUCUAGGCGACGCCACAACAGUAAGGAACGCUCCAGCCGGCAUCAUCGCCGUCAUCGUUCUCGUUCUCCGCAUGAACGACGGCAUCGGGAUGAGCGCUCCCCCGAAAAGGAGAGGCGCUCACGCUACAGAUCAUCAGAAAGAGAGGAACGCCCACGGGGGGAUCGGUCAUCGGGAAAGUCGCGCUCGCCAGAGUCACGAAGACACCGAAGUGAUCGGGAUAGACAUGAUCGUCGUCGUUGA